AGAGUUUCUCUUCGUCCAACUUCAACCAUUUCCAGUUGAGUCUGUGAAAAAUCGUCCUUCGUCGAGUCAAAGCCGCGGGUGACCUUCCAGCAAAAGACUCUUGAGUUGGUCCCACAACCCGAGAAGGGAAUCGUGUGCUGCCAGAGACAGGCAGCCUAACGCCAGCGCCAUGAGUCGAAGGGAAGCGCGUGUCGGGGGCCCGGCGCCCACUGUUGGGCCGGAGGGGAACUCCAACGGCACAAUACCCAGCGGGCCGGGCUCGGGAGAACCCAAGGACGAGAACUUCUCCAAGAUCAAGGAUAAGUUUAUGAACGAGCUCAACAAAAUCCCAUUGCCGUCAUGGGCCAUCGUUGCCAUAGCAUUUGUCGCCGUGGUGCUGGUGCUGUCCUGCUGUUUCUGCGUUUGCAAAAAGUGGAUUUUCAAGAAGAAGAAGGGAAAGAAAGGCAAGGACAAGGGCAAGAAUGCCAUCAACAUGAAAGAUGUCAUAGACGGUGCGAAAACCGAGGCUUUGAAGGAUGAGGAGGAUGAUGCAGAGACAGGGCUGACGGAUACGGAGAAAGAGGCCGAGCCCAAGGAAGACGAGAAACUGGGCAAAUUGCAAUACUCCAUGGAUUACAAUUUCACAGAGAAUACGCUUGUAGUGGGCAUCAUUCAGGCCGCUGACUUGCCGGCCAUGGACAUGGGUGGCACAUCCGACCCCUACGUCAAGGUCUACCUGAUGCCCGACAAGAAGAAGAAGUUUGAGACCAAGGUGCACAGGAAGACCCUCAACCCCACCUUCAACGAGCAGUUCACCUUCAAGGUUCCCUACACCGAGCUUGGUGGCAAAACUCUGAUAAUGACGGUGUACGACUUUGACCGCUUCUCCAAGCAUGACGCCAUUGGAGACGUGAAGGUGCCCAUGAACAAGGUUGACUUCAGCCACAUAACGGAGGAGUGGAGGGACCUGCAGAAGGCCGAGAAGGAAGAGCAAGAGAAGCUGGGAGACAUCUGCUUCUCCCUGCGCUACGUGCCCACAGCUGGCAAGCUCACCGUGGUCGUCCUGGAGGCCAAGAACCUGAAGAAGAUGGACGUGGGAGGCCUCUCAGAUCCUUAUGUGAAGAUCCACCUGAUGCAGAAUGGCAAGCGGCUGAAGAAGAAGAAGACGACAAUCAAGAAGAACACCCUCAACCCUUACUACAAUGAGUCAUUCAGCUUUGAAGUGCCAUUCGAACAAAUCCAGAAAGUUCAAGUGGUGAUAACCGUUCUGGACUAUGACAAGAUUGGUAAGAACGACGCCAUCGGCAAGGUGUUUGUGGGCCUCAACAGCUCAGGCACGGAGCUUCGCCAUUGGUCGGACAUGCUGGCCAAUCCACGAAGACCCAUUGCCCAGUGGCACGUGCUGAAGCCAGAGGAGGAAGUGGACGCGCAGCUGUCCUCCAAGAAAUAAAAGUGCACGGUGGUGUGUGUUAAAAGGGGGGUUGGGCGCUCCCUCGUGCAGUGCUCUACAGCCAGUGUGUGUGUAAAUACCUCAGUGAUAUAAAGGGUCCAAUCACUGUCAUCCUUCAUCCUAUUAUUGUCUUACUGAAAGUUAACAAGAAGAAAAAAAACAAAUCAACCUUCUUUUAUAAAUUGUUGAUGGUUUGUCCACCAAUCCAUCUAUUAUCAUGCCCUUCUGGGGAUUGUGUUUCUCUGUCAGGUUCCCACCUAAAUUAAGUCCACUUCCUCCUCCACUGGCACCUAUGUUGGUCAGUUGCCAUAAUCUUACCCCC